UAAUCAAAACAUUGCUGGCUGUAGUCCUUUUACAUUCGCAACGUGUUUCACGCGGCUUCCGAACCGUGCGGCGAUUAUAUGCGAUCGUACGCGUAAUUAUCUUAAUCGAUCGUUUCGCGACUAAAAUGCCUUAAUUUGGUACGGAUUUGUGCUGUGAGCCCUGCGAGCGGAUCCGACAAACAAAGCUCGAUGGAGUCGAAAUUAAGUGGUUAUGAAGUGCGUCGAGUUGAGUGGUUGGAACGCUUGGACCGGGCAGGAGGGAUAUUGGAAGUCCUGCAGAUUUGUCAGGACAUCUGCAACUGGGUCGAUCGACGAACCGAGGAUCCUGAUCCGACCGACAUAACACCAGGAUCAUCAGGAUGGGGCACACGUCUGUAUUUAAACAACGAGCUGCUGGUACGACUGAAGACCAUCGUCGAAAGUCCAAAGAGUACCUUCGUACAAAGAAGGAUAAUAACCAAGUCGCUGUUCAAAAUCUAUGCCCACAACUUCCGGUACUCGCGAAUGGUGUUUCCCGUAGGAGGAGUUUUACCGAAUGGUACCGUGAUGUCGGAUGAAACUGUUGCCAUCUACGGGAUGAUUUACGCUGGGUUUUUAACGGUUGCGGGUCCGGAAAAUCUGAUCGGGAUCGCUGUGAGAAAUUUUGAACUCUUCCAGACAAUGGGAUGCUAUAAUAGAUGUUUCAAUACCCUGGCAGAAAAUAUGCUGGCACUACAACGGAUAGACUGCUACGAUAAAUUCUUCGUAGAACGGCAGGACAGAAUAUGGCAUAUUGUUUUAUUGAACCUGGAAUCUCCCUACAAAGGAACACGGGAGUAUGUAUUGGGAAUACUGAAAAAUCUAUUGAUCGAAGAUAAAUUCGUUCGAUCAGUUGUCCUACCAGCAAUCCUCAAAUGGAGCUGGUUGAACCGAAACAAAUUCCAUGUGCUGAUGGCACUUUUGGGAAAAUAUCGUCUUGAGACUUUGGAAGAUAUGGCUGGAGAGAAGAUUGAGUUGUAUCAAACAUUGGAGCUAUCACUACAUUAUAAGCAUCUGUUUUCCGGGAGUCAGGGAAUUGUAAGGGUGCAACAGAAACAGCACGACGAUCGAAUCUUUGAACUUCAAGUAAAAAUAUUACAAGAAGGAAACAUUGAACUGGUUCGCACAAUGAUCAAGCAAUGGUUUUCAAAUCUCACGGUAGGAGAUUAUAGAAAACUCUUCAAAAUGAUGAAACUCGAUCAGUUGAAGAUUGGAGAAAACCGAAAAUUCAUGCCACUUUAUUUGAAACAGAAUAACUAUGUCAAGUUUUUCCAAUAUAUGAACCUAUUCCGACGAGAGUUUCAAAGUUCCAAGGAUUUGAACAUUUUGCUGGUGCUGUUGUUGCAAGUUACUGCCGAAAUCAACCUUGAUUGCAUGUCUAUCGCACUUCUGGUCGAAACACUGGUGCACCACAUCACUACUCCAAAUCCAAACAUCCAUCCUUCCACCAGUGUAUUCUACAUUUUCAAACUGAAAGAGUACAUCCUGAAGCAGCUCGGAGUGCCUUCGGUUCAUGUCUGCAAAACGAUCGUAACUCAAUGCACAAAACUGCUGAACCACAUUGCCUCGUUAUCGCUGGAACGGUACGAAGCCAACGAGGAUGCCUACGGGAUCGUGUCGGAGUUGAUGGGAUCAUCUGUAUUCCAUCAGCAUCUGCAGAAGCAAUCCACGAGCAACUACCACAGCAUCAUCACCAGCCUACGGAUGUUUCAAUCGUUUGCCUCGCUUUUCCUGGAAUUUACUCCGAGGUCGCCCUAUCGAUUGCAAGAGAAGGAAUCGACAACCGAUAAUCAAACGACCCAUUUGCUACCGGUAGAGGCGGAUACAUUCUACGAUAUGAUCUACGGCAUAGAACACCUGUUGACUUCGGACUUUGACGAUGUGAAAAUGACGGCUCUGAAAUUGUUGUACAAUAAGAAUUCGGCAUACCACUAUGGACCGGCACUGCAGGGAAAGCUGUCGUUGAUCUAUUCCUAUAGCACCCCAUCGGCUAUAUUGGAAGCCAUGAACAGCUUUUACGACGAGGCACACACGGCUUUGCUCACUUCGCUCCGCGAUCACGAGCGUGAUCUGUUCGCUAUGAUGAAAAAUGACUACCAGCUGUACAAUCAAGUCGACAGCAUCAAUGAAGCCUUUUUUGGUUACGAAGAAUCUCGAACAUUUGGCAUCCUGGAGGACAUCAAAGCCUUCCCGGGAAUGCUUCUGCUGGUGAACCGUGUGGUGGAGUUUGUUUUGCGAUCGUUCAAUUGUGCUAAAUCGAAGGAAGAUCAUAAAAUGAUCGGAUCCACCUUCGAAAUUAUGGACAACAGCCUGCAGCUGCUUCUGGAUCUGUCAUCGCAACGUUCAACCAAUCUUGCGGUGGAUAAGAAGACCAUGUUGAAAGCUCUCUGGAAGGCGUUGCACUCGGCUGCCUGCUUUAUGGAAAACUACGUUCUCUGGAUAUUGGACAACUACAAAAAUCGAUUGGACACUCUGGAGCAGUUGUCAAUCUGCUUGAGGGCAUUUGUCAUGAUACUGAUGAACUGUUGCCAUCGAGGGGCUAUUGAAGCGACUGGUGUCGCGUUUGGGAGGAUAAUCAAGAGAAUCUGCACGCUGAAAGAGUGUCUGGUGGUGAGAAACGAUCACCGCAACCGCCAAGCCAGAAUGAUCGUGGAACUUGCAGAGAGGGUAUUCCGUACUAUGAUUCGAUUACCCAUGCAGGAGACCGACUUUCGCCGGUGUCGGGGCUAUCUCUGGAUGAUUCAUAAUUUCAUCAAGGGAGACUUACACAACAAUGCCGAACGGUCUUAUUUAAAGAUUUACAUCGAAGAAAGUCGUCUACCACUGCACCAAAUAGGGAUGAACCUAGAGACUAUAGCAAAGAUUUCUGUUAUUCAACUGCAUCAGUUGAAUCUGAUGGUACGGGAAGCUACUAUGAAUGAGACCAUCUUAGAGUACAUUGAUGGGAUAAUGAUCAUCGCGCUGGAACGGUUCAAAUCGACAGAAUGGCCCAUCCGUAAUGCAGCUCUCCAACUGUACUCGUCGAUUGUGACCAAACUGGUCGGGCAACGUCAGCAGUGCUCCGAUCCGGAUUGCGAUUGGCUUCCUGUCUACGUAUCAUUGAAUGAGCUGCUCUUCAAACUGGUCAAAUCGAACAAAUACAUUCUGAAGGAGCUUCGUGUCACGGAGCGUGUUCCAACACCAUUCCUGAUAUUGGUUCUGGAAUUCCUUUCCAAGGUAGAAUAUCGAGCAUACAACGUUCUCGGACAAAAGUCCAUUAUCGUGGAAUAUCGAACUCUGAUGUGGCGCUACUUGAGACACGAAAACGAUCAGGUUCGAACACUGGCAGCUACCUGUUUCACGCAGCUGCAUGAUUUCUACGAGGAGAUUCCUCGAUUGAUGGAGAACCUGAUAAUUUGCUUCUUUACCGCCCGAGGGAAUGAGAAUUUCCGCUAUGGCCUUCUGAAGGUGAUACAUUUCAUGGUACGCAAGCGGGUCGCGAACGCACGGUUCGUAUAUGGAAGCGGGUUCGACCGGGACGAAUAUCUAGCACAGAUGCGGCAGCUGUUUGCUAAGUACUGUAUUUUGGACGAUGGCAUUACAGCUAGCUAUCGUGUGCGGUGUCAUUUGUUGGACCUGCUGCUGUAUUUGGGCUUCCAGCGGAUGGACCCCGUUGUAGUCGAGCAGGUAUUCAACAGAUUGGCGUCCAACAACUUCGGACUGAAUGUCUAUCUGAUGCGAACGAAUGCGCUGUAUAACAGACGCUGCACGGGAGGGAAAUCAAACUGCCAACCGAUGGAGUACGAGGUUGUGAUCGAAGGUGAUGACAAAGAAGAUGAUGUGGAGGAGGACUAGAGAUUACAAGGACGUUCUAAGAAUGUCUUUUGUCCUAAAUAAAAGUCUG